UUUGGAUGACUGCCCCUUGAUAUUUGUGGCAGUGGAAUGGGGUCAGCAUUACCAAAUUUGCCAGAAGAGCGAGAGGAUUAACCGUGAUUACGACGUGCUGACUCUUGGCACGUGUGCCUUAAUACCGAGCGAUGGGCAGAAUGUAUGAAUCGAUGAGAACUGCACACAGACAACUUCUGAAAGGCAUGAGGGCAGCAUGCCAUUAAACGCCUGACACUUCCCCUUUCCUCGCUCUUACGUCUCGAACCUCACCACCUCUCACUGGGAGCAGCCGGCCGCCUCUCUGAGCCAAGGGGCUGUGUGCGAUUAAAAACCAGCGAGGGCAUUGCGGAUGUGGUUAAGGGAACCCCGGGUCUGGGAACCACCUCCGCUGGCUGCCGACAAAAAGGCUGACUUCGAUCAUGCAACAAUGAAUUUCAUCAACGUAACGAGGAUGAAUCGAGAUGACGAAUGUUGAUGAGAACAAUCCAAUUCCCAAUCGCAAAGUAUUAGUGGCAUUUACACAUGUCGUACACAUUUAAUGCUAAUUGCUGGUGUGUCACAGUGGCUGCGCAGGCCCAUGCGAGCAUUAACCAAUUACCCUUCUAGCAGAAUUGAUGGAAUCAUAUGUGCAGUGUCCGUCACAAAAUGGAAACAGCAUCGCGAUGCGUGGAAACCUCUGCAUAAAACGAGUAUGCUUCAUGUUGUCAGCGCUCGUGUGCAUCUGGAUUUUGUUGGCAUCAUACCCUCUCAGUGGGAAGAACGGAUUGUCCAUUUUCUCUCUCCUAAAUCAAAAUCGACAUUUUGUAAUCAACGAACACCACAGCGACACCACCGUCCCACCGUGCUCUUUAGCAGCUGAUCAACAACAGGGUGCCCCUGCUGCUGGCAACAGCCGGCGGAUUAACUUCAAAGACAUUCAUUUUGUCGUGACCUUUGAUAAUUAUACUCAGGAUAUUGUUUAUACUGCACGAAAUCUGCCGAAUAAGGAAGAACUCUUGAGAUACGCGAGGAAGACAUUUUCUUCCGCCCCCAGCGACUUCCUGCUGAACUUCAAAAACCCGUGCUGGUGGCAGCCGUACGAUAGGAGCACGGGCAGUGGCAGUGGCGGCGGUGGCAGCAAGAACCCGUACAUCACCAAUGUCUACUACGUCCUCGCCGUUCACCUGCGACCGUUCUUCCGCCAGCUCUUUCAGACAUUCGACAGGCACCUGCUGCAGCAGGGCAAGCGCCUGUACAGGAUGCGCUGCCUGCCUUACUUCUACAUCAUCGGGCAGCCCAAAUGCGGGACGACGGACCUCUACGAGCGCCUCAAGAUGCACCCAGAGGUGACGUUUGCGAUACGGAAGGAGCCACACUGGUGGUCGAGAAACCAAUACGGGUACGUAAAUAAGCACGAUCUUCCAAACAUGCAGUACAAGUGCACAUUUGAAGAUUACUUGGAUCUGUUUGACAAUGCAACGCGCCGAAUCAAAGACACUUUUACCGAAGAAAACGGAUAUACGUACCACAGAAUCAUUAAUGGGGAAGCCAGUGCUUCUACAAUGUGGGAUAACAAUGCAUGGGAAACUGCAUUUGGAAACACAUCAGAUGGAGAACCGCCGUUUCUGGUCCAGGAUUUCAUCCAUGCGGUGCAGCCCGAAGCCAAACUCAUAGUAAUGCUGAGGAAUCCCACGGAAAGGCUGUAUUCAGAUUACUUAUACUUCAUGGAGACGAACAAGUCAGCGGAGGCAUUCCAUGAGAAAGUCGUGGAGUCUGUGGAGCUAUUUUUGGCAUGUGCACAAUCUAUCUCGUUCAGGGCGUGCUUAUACAACUAUGACCUCAGCCUCGCCAUGCCGGUGCGGCUGAGGAUAGGCUUCUACGUGGUGUACCUGCUGGAGUGGCUGAGCGUUUUCAGGCAGGACCAGAUCCUCAUCCUCAAGCUGGAGGACCACGCUCGGCAUCCGAGCGUCACGAUGGAGAAGGUCUUCUCUUUCCUGGGGCUCGGGGCAGUACCCAAGCACAUCGAGGCAGCAAUGUUCGCGAGCCCGCCGUACAACUCGAGGCGUCUGUCUGACAAAAUCCUGGGUCCCAUGCUGCCAGCCACGAGGCUGAUCCUUAAUGCCGUGUAUGCCCCCUUCAACAAGAAACUGGCAGAGCUCCAAAACGAUAACUCUUUCCUAUGGGAAAACUGAUGUGAAAAAAAAACUUUAGCUUUUUUGAGCUAAACGAUGGUUUAAUGGUUAUUGAAUUUUUUUUCUUUAUUUUAAAUGAUUACGAAAAAAACACUUCUCUCGCAAGUCUACUGUGCAGUGGCGUAGCUGACGAGUGUGCAGGCAGUGCAGCAGCAUCGGGGACCAUUGGCCUGAGGGGCCCACAUGUCAGGCUGCCAAGAGAGGGUGGAGGGCAGUUGCAUCGGGCUCCCAAUUUCUAAAACUAUACGAAACAUUUUUUUUUAUAUUACCACAUAAGGCCCGCUGAGCUAUAUAGCUCUUUUUCAGAAGUGAGCCGACCACAAAUUAAAGCUCAAUGAAUUGGCCUAUCACUACGUGGAAAUAUACCGCAGCCACAUACUAAUAAACGCAUGUCGAUUUUAAAUGUGGAGGGAAAACCCGGAGGACGUGGAGAAAAUCUACUGCCACCACGGUGAGAAGAUGCAAACUCCAAAUAGAACAGCAGGCAUCAGGGGUCAGGAUCGAACCCACGAACUCAUGACCUCCUGCUUAUCAUGCGAGGUAGUGAACAUCAUGCCAACUGCGCUACACUUCUGCUACUGUGUAAAUACAGCAUGGUUCAUCGGUCAUUAACUUUUGUUACCUGUUGGGAUAUGUUCUUAUUCUUUAUUACACUUGUGCUUGCACUAUUGGAACACGAUUCCUUUGAAAUGCUUUUUUGUUCAAGUUGUUAGAAGAAAUUAAUGCAAUGUUGAUAAUUGGCGAGUGCAAAAAGGAGAAGUAUUCUCUUCAUUGUUUGACAGUUGAGGUUGAUUGUUUUGUAUUGAGAUGUAUUUAUUGUGGGAUCGUGAGCCUGCAGUGCCUUUUGGGGGAUUGUUGUGUACUUGUUGACCACGAGAAGCAGGCUUGUAAUGCGACGUGGCUUGUCCAAAUCCCUGUGCCACCAACUGUGUAACAUUCAGCUCUUCAAAUAAA